UCCCCUCGCUCCUUGGGCCGCAGUGAAAACGUGCAAGCUUGAGCUUGAAAGCUUGAGGCCUCGAACCAAUCACUGGACAGUAGAACAUCCCUGAUACGACCGUCCUCUCUCCGAGUCCCGCCAACUCGGAGGUCGUAUUUGUGGUCUGCCUACGGGAGAAUGAACUUGGAACGAAUGCCGCAGCAAGGUCAUGAGGGCACGUUGAAAUUGACCUGCCAGCGAAUCCGCGAUCAGCUUGGAGCCUGACACUGACGUCGGCCUUGCGUCGGCCUGUCUCCGGGAUGGAACGAUGGUGGUACGGUGCAGCUGCCAUGUGUGGUUGAUUGCCAAAACACUAGGGAUUCCCAUGGAUCGACACCUCACAAUACGACGGUCGAAACGACAUGUGACCUACUAGUGGCGGCCGCAUGGCCAAGGCACCCGCAAACACUAAGGAAGAGGGUCAUUCGAGCUAUGGCUUUGGAAGCAGGCUACGCGUUGGCAGACACGUCGCAAACGAUGCUCUGUUGAUCAAUAUCGCAUCGAUACUCUGGGCCUUCGACUUGCAAAGUAUGGGUGGUCGAAUUUCUUCCGCGACGGAUUUUGUCAACAGUGGCAUCGUUAUGCGACCUGCACCUUUCGAAUGUUCGUUCAAGCCCCGCUUUCCUGAAAUACCAACCGUACUUUCCGCUGUCAUGGAGCUGCAUGAUCUACGCAUCGGUGAUAUGUAGCAGCUACAGUUAUAAUUUCUUUGACCACUGCAAGUGAUGCGCAGGCAAACAUAACCAACUUCGCGCGUGAUACUAGCAUAAUGACUCAGGCUUCAACUUCUGUGGGUUUGAGCGGUAAUGCGGCGUUAUCAGACUCACUGCAAUGAACGAGAAUGGGCUC